AUGGAGAAGCUUUUGUUGCUGCUAGGGUUUAUUGUAGUGAAGCUGAUACUGGGAACUCAAGCAAAUGAAUAUUUAGAUUUCAAUGUGACAGAAAUAGAUCGCAUUGAGGAAUUAGAGUUUGGAUUCUCCAAAUAUAUUUGUUUGGAUGGAACAUUGCCUGGAUAUCACUUGCAUCGUGGACAUGGAACUGGAGCUAAUAGUUGGCUCAUUCAAUUGGAGGGAGGAGGAUGGUGCAACAACGUCAGGACCUGUGUAUACCGGAAGAAGACGCGACGCGGAUCCUCUAACUAUAUGGAGAAACAGCUUCAGUUUACUGGGAUACUGAGUGAUAAAGCUCAAGAAAAUCCUGACUUCUUCAACUGGAAUAGAGUUAAGCUUCGUUACUGCGAUGGCGCGUCUUUUAGUGGAGAUGGUCAGAAUCAGGCUGCACAACUUCAGUUUAGAGGAGAGCGUAUCUGGAGAGCCGCGAUAGAUGAUUUGAAGGCAAAAGGAAUGCGAUACGCAAACCAGGCACUUCUCUCUGGUUGCUCUGCUGGUGGUUUAGCAGCAAUUUUACGCUGCGAUGAGUUUAGGAACUUGUUCCCUGGAUCCACCAAAGUCAAGUGCUUGAGUGAUGCAGGCUUGUUCUUGGACACAGCUGAUGUUUCUGGUGGCCGCACGAUCAGGACCUUAUACAAUGGUGUAGUCGAAUUUCAGAAUGUGAAGAACAACCUGCCUCGUAUAUGCACAAACCAUCUCGAUCCAACCUCGUGUUUCUUCCCACAAAAUCUGAUCAGUCAGAUGAAAACUCCGCUUUUUAUUGUCAAUGCAGCAUAUGAUACAUGGCAGAUUCAAAGCAGUAUAGCUCCAACAUCAGCGGAUCCUAGUGGAUUUUGGCAUGACUGUAGAUUAAACCAUGAGAAAUGUACUCCUGCACAAGUGCGGUUCUUGCAAGGAUUCAGGGAUCAGAUGCUGAGAGUAGUGAGGGGAUUCUCAAUGUCUAGACAGAAUGGAUUGUUCGUCAAUUCUUGCUUUGCUCAUUGCCAAACCGAAAGGCAAGAUACUUGGUUCGCCGAUGAUUCCCCUGUCAUCAAGAAAAAGGCGGUUGCAAUAGCCGUAGGAGAUUGGUAUUUCGAUAGAGCGGAAGUGAAGUUAGUCGAUUGCCCGUACCCGUGUGACAAGAGCUGCCACAACUUGGUGUUCAGAUGA